AUGGCCCGCCUGCUGGUUUGCCCUGGGCUCCCUUUGUCCCCGGUUUUCGCAUUCCUUGCUUUCGGCUCUGUUCCCUCGGCUGCCUCGUUGCGCCUUUCCACCCUUGAUCCUCUGCCUUUUGCCUACUUUCGACCUUUUUUCGUAUUUUCCCUGUCUGUUAUUCGUGCUCCGGCUUCGCUUGGUCUCGAUUAUGACGGGCGUGGGGGUCUCGGCGCUCGCGCCCGUCGCCGGGGGGGGGCGGCGCGAUGGUUGUGCCUCGGGGCUUCCGGCCGCUACGCGGGGGUGCCGGUGGGGCCGUGGUGGGGGCCGGCCGGGGCGGGCCGCGGCGGGCAGGGGUCGUGCCGCGCCCGGGCCUGCGGGCAGGCACAUGCGUUGGGUGCGUCCGAUUACGGUUCCUGUACGGCCUGA